CGCAACCGGACCCUGCGGCUCAAAGACUUUUGACUGGGCGAUUAUGGCUAAAAUGAAGUAGUUUCACGAUCUAACGGCUGGUAUUUAUUCUCAAUGACUCGUCUUUGUUUUAAACCCACGAAAUGCAAGUUGAUUUUGGAGCGAUAUCUGAAGUGAAGAUUGAAGACGUGAUAGAAGAUGGACGACUACUGCUAUGCUAAGAUGGCGACGUCAUGUCAAAGAGAAAGUGAAAGAGAAUCAGAAACUUCCAGCAAAUCACCAACGGAGAUAAAGACGGAAGAUGAAGAUGUUCAGCAGCUGAUUGGUCAUCCAGAAGAACUUCCCUCUCAGUCAGGGGGGAGCUCCACUUUGAAGCAGACACCCUACAUUAAAAAGGAAGAGGAGGAACUCUGGAUCACUCAGGAGGGAGAUUAUUUUCUUGGAUUGCAAGAAGCUGAUCUCACCAAAUUGCCACUGACUGUUGUCUCUGUGAAGACUGAAGACGAUGAAGAGAAACCACAACCAGACAACUUCUUAGCUCCACUAUCAGAAAAUGAGGCUGAAGACGAUGUUGAAGAACCUUUGAGCAGCGAUACAGACUGUGAAGAUGAUAUGAGGACUCACACCGACAACAAAUACUCUGAAUACGCAAAGAAGAAAGGUGAAAAAUCUUUGAGCUGCUCAUUUUGUGAUAAAAGCUUCACUAAAAAGAGCAGUUUGACUCAACAUGUGAGAGCUCACACAGGAGAAAAACCAUUUACUUGUUCUGUUUGUGGUAAAGGUUUUGCCCGAAAGAGCAGUUUGACUCAACACAUGAGAACGCACACAGGAGAAAAACCAUUUGAUUGCUCAGUUUGCCAUAAAAGCUUUACGACUAAGUGUAAUUUGACCCAGCACAAGACGAUCCACACAGGAGAAAAAGCCGUUAGUUGCUCAGUUUGUUGUAAAGGCUUUAUCAAAAAGAGCCGUUUGACUGAACACAUGAGAACACACACAGGUGAAAAACCAUUUUGCUGUUCAGUUUGUGGCAGGAGCUUUUCUAUUAAGAGACGUUUAACUCAACACAUGGGGACACACAGAGGGCAAAAAACAUUUAAUUGCUCAGUGUGCGGUAAAGUCCUCGUGUCCAGACAGGGUUUAUUUCGACACAUGAGUAUACACACAGGUGAAAAACCGUUUCAUUGUUCACUUUGUGGUAAAACAUUUUCCCGGAAGAGCAAUUUGACGCAACACAUGAAAACACACACAGGGGAAAAAACAUUUAGUUGUUCCGUCUGCGGCAAAAGCUACCGCCACAAUGCAGACGCAUUGACACACAUAAGAACCCACAAGGUACAAUAACCAAUCAGAUGAUUAGUUUGUGGUAUGUUGUGAUACAUCUACCCAAUCGCAGGAUUUUCUCAAAAGAAGUUUACUGCGUCUUACAAAAACAUUUGAGUUAUUUGUACAAAUUGGGAUUGUUUGGGGCUUAAAUGUAUCUCCUCGCGACUUCAUGUCUUCUGUGUGUCUGACAUUUUCCUGAAAAGUAAGAUAGAUUGGAGUGCUUGUAGUCUUCUUCAGUGAUGCUUUUUUCAUGAAUCGAUCUGCCAGGCCAGGACACAUCACUACAAACUUCAUUGCAUUUGCACAUCACAACUAUCUGUACAUUCAUCCUAUUAAAUAUGUUUCCUGUCAGGACUGCACAAUGUUGGGAAGAAACCCAAUUGUGAUUUUUUUUCUCUUAAAUUGCUAUUGCCUUUCGAUUAGCGACUUUUGUAUUUUAAACAUGUAAAUGCAUAAAAUAGUAAAAACAACUAAUGAAGGAAGACUUUCAAAAUGUCAUUCAACAUAUUCUUGUUUGAAGGUGCUACACAUUAAAACAUUAUGCAAUCAUGUAUUUAAAAAAAUAUUUGGCUUUAUGCAGACAGACUAAGAGUUUGUGUCUACAUCAUGCUCGUGGGGCGAUUUAGCUCGGUUGGUAGAGCGGCCGUGCCAGCAACUUGAGGGUUGCAGGUUCGAUUCCCGCUUCUGCCAUCCUAGUCAUUGCCGUUGUGUCCUUGGGCAAGACACUUUACCCACCUGCUCCCAGUGCCACCCACACUGGUUUGAAUGUAACUUAGAUAUUGGGUUUCACUAUGUAAAGCGCUUUGAGUCACUAGAGGAAAAAGCGCUAUAUAAAUAUAAUUCACUUCACUUCACUUAAACUAAAUAAAUAUUUGAUAACAACACAGUGUUUAUAAUGUAAUGUACUUGUAAUAUAUAAUAAUAAUAAUACAAAUAACCAUUUAAAAGGAUAUACAUUUUUAUUUCUUAUUACUGUAAAAUUGUACUGUGAUUGGAAGGUAAAAACUUGUAGUUAUCCUAAACAAAUACACACAAAAAUAAAAUGGACUCUUAUCUCUGUCUGCAAAAUAAUUUACUAAAUAUUCAACAUAUCUAUUUUUUUUUUCGCGAAAGGAACAAGCGGUAGUAAAUGGAUGGAGUCUGUUUUGCUUCCUGUGUGUGUAAUCUAGUGGUCUUGAUCACCAAGACAAAGAUUGUGAAUGACUGAAAGGAGGGCUCACUCUGUCUGUUUAGUUAGUUUUACUGUUAAAUAAAAGGUGCUGGGAGCUAUGCAGAGAGUGAGACCUCUUUCUGUGGGAAAAACUGGACUCUUUGGAAUACAGUUGUGUCUGCGUGGUCAUUUAGUGCAAUGACAGUAAUUAAUAUUGUAAAGAUGAUAUUUUCAAUGGAGAUGUACAGGAAGAAUAAAGUAAUUUUGUUCUGGAUGUUUUUUUCUAUGUGGUAAAUCAUUAACUACCUCUUGUUAAUGUUUAUGUUGUGGUUCCAUCCAUCCAUCCAUUUUCUACCGCUUAUUCCCUUUUUGGGGUAGCGGGGGGCGCUGGCGCCUAUCUCAGCUACAAUCGGGCGGAAGGCGGUGUACACCCUGGACAAGUCGCCACUUCUUCGCAGGGCCUAUGUUGUGGUUCUCUUUUUCUAUUAUGUAAACUUUUAUUUUUAUUUAGAAAAUAAAUAAAAUGUUAAAAUAUCACAGCAUGUGUGACUUUGCGGAUUUUUCAAACACAUUUUUAUGGAUUUUAUUGUAAAAAAA